GUCUAAAUCUUUUAAAAGCUGAAAUGAACUCCGAAAAAUAUAUAUGCGUAGGCCUACAUCGACUAAAUUGUUAACCCACAUUUAAGUAUAGUAUGUUUUUGAACGUGCACUGAACGCCAGCGAAACCCAAUACGUAUUCCGUUGGCAGGCUGGUGUAGUAGCAGGCUAUAUUUACCAUAUAGGACGGACGGAGGGGUGGAGCUACAACUGAACUGGGCGUGCAAAGUUAAUGUUGUGUGACGUAAGCACCGCUCCUCCAAAUUCUACACAUUGAAUUGAUCUGGAAGCAACUGAUAAAAAUGAAAGACUGAAUUUUGGCAGCAAGGCGAAUCAGGACUCACGUUUUUUCUGGUUCGACUCUACUUGGAAUCACCUGCUCUCUGAUGAGGCGAUACAGCGCGUCGUAGCCUACCUGUUGGACCCACGAGGAAGUCUAGAGGUAAAGGCGCCGAUGACUAUUGUGCCGAUCAAGUUGUUUAUGAGAUACAUCGUUUUUCUUGUGAUGAACUAUUUUACUCUUUGGGAUGUGCGUUAACCUACUUCUAGUUCGGUUAAUAGCCUUAUUCAUAAGGCUUAAUGCAUUUAUGAAAACCGUAUGCGCCUAUUAAUGCAGGGCUGAUGAUACAUCAUAGGCGGCAGGGACCUGACAGUGGUCAAAUUUGUGAAAUGUUGACAAAGUUUGUCAUAUCGUGAUUGUGAUCCAGGUUGCGUGUCUGCAGAGGUGGGGGAUUUCUGUUCCUCCGUUUGCACUUUUAAGCGAGAAGAUGGCGAGAAGAUGAGAUACAGGAUGUCAACAAAUUAUGCUACGUCUGAAACUGAAUUCAAAGAAACAUCAGUCACAACGUUGUUUCUUUGAAAUUUGGAAACGGCGUUAAACUUUUAAAAGUGAAGAAUUUGCACCAAAUUGUCUUAGACUGAAUUGCGGUCAUAUUAUAGGUUACAGGCUUUACCUGUUGGUUGGUCUGAACUCUCAGGGAGGGGGAGGGCUGGGAGCUGUCACCAUGUCACCCAUUAUCACAGCUCAUCUUCGUUCUUUUAGUGCUUGGUCUUCCAUAAUUUCCACUUCUCUCGUCAUGUGCUCGCCAAUGAACGUUGAAUGCAUACAUUUCAAACCGUACUUCAAUGGCUUCACACCAAUCCUGCAAUUACAAGACAACGCGUGAAUUCAACCGAAAUCUCUUGACUUUACCUAUAGAACCAUUUAAGGCUCAUUAAUAGGCUCCCAUUGAUGCGCAUAUUUUACGUGCUUAUAUAAUAAAGGUAGCAGACACCUUCCACAUGUGUGUUCCUGUUGCUAAAUUAGAACAAAUAUUAUUUUGCUGUAAAGUUAAUUUUCAUAUCGACCCCUCUGGCCAGUAAAGGGUUUUGCUGAUUGACCUGGACACACAUGGAUGUUCGACGGGAAAUCCCUGAUUAUGUUGUCUUCACCUGUCUGUCCCACCUCAUCACCCAAUAGGUAAUUCAAGAUACCAGUUUUCUCGGCACCUGCACGGUCGAGUGCAAUGCUUCACUUUCCAUUUAAAAGUGUUAUCGACCAUAAAAUAGAAGGUCAUGCAUGUAGCACCAGACGCCCCAACACACCGCAGGAGGACGACGAGACCAUGAGCCAGCUCCAGAGUGAGGGCGGGACCGCCCCGGGCCCCGCCUCCCGCCCCUCCCACGCUCAUCACGGCAACGGGUGCGACGGCGACCCCAAACACCCCGCCCACCACCCCGCCCACUUCCUGUCGGAGUUGUACUGCAGCUCCUACCCGCCGGCCCACCACCCGCACCAGCCUCACCCCCACCACCCCACGCCGUUCCCCAGCCGCGCGCCGGACAGCUCCUGGGGGCCCGGUACCCACCCCAGCUACGCCAGCAGCGGCUGGAGCGGCGCCGGGUUCCCGGGUCGCCCGGCCAACUCCUGUCUCAGCGGCAAAGAUUUCUCCCGCCAGUCGGGGGAGAGCGCUUUGUACUCGGCGGACAAUAGCUCCUCGCUGCCGGGCCGCUACAGCCCCAGCAUGGGCAGCCUGGAGCAGCCGUACUCGCUGCACUCCAACCACCCCUCGCCAGAGCUCUACCACCACACCAUGUCCCCCUACUACUGCCAGCCGCCGGGGCCCGCCUGCUGGGCCCAGUGCCCCCCAGAGGCCUUCAAGAGGGGGCCUGCCUUCGCCCACCAGAUGCCCAUGCUGGUACCCCACCUGCCCUACGCGCCCUUCUAUCCGAAUGACACCAGAGCUCGAGGAGUUGGUGGCAUGGACCAUCCCAACGACCCAGCUAAAAAGGAGAAUACAUCCAAUAGCAGCCAACUAUCCCCAGAACAGAGGAAGGUGUUUGUAACAUACGAAGCUGACAAUGAAGAACACGUCAACAAGGUCAUCAACUUUGUUGCCCUGUUGCGACACAACGGCUUUGACACACACAUCGACAUGUUCGAGCAGCAGUUCAGGAGCAUCAGCAAGAUAGACUUCAUGGAGCGCUAUCUUAGCGAGAAGGAAUAUCUGAUCAUCAUCAUCAUCAGUCCAAAGUACUACGACACGGUCAGUGCCUCUCCGUUUGGCCUGGAGAAUGACGAGAGGACCCUCAACACGGUCUACAUCCACAAGCAGUUACAGAAUGAAUUCAUCCAAAAUGGCAGCAAGAAUUUUAGAUUCAUUCCCAUCAUUUUCCCAGGGGGCAGAAAGUGCCACGUUCCCACCUGGCUGCAGAACACUCACGUGUUCAGCUGGCCUCGCGACCUGGACGACAUCAUCCGGCGGCUGAUGAGAGUGGAGAAGUACAAUCCCCCCGGCCUUGGGCCGCUGCCCACCAUCAUCUCCAGACCCAUCUAGACCUACCCUCACCUCCAGACCUACCCUCACCUCCAGACUUACCGUCACCUCCAGACCUACCCUCACCUCCAGACCUCCAGACCCAUCUAGACCUACCGUCACCUCCAAACCUACCGUCACCUCCAGACCCAUCCAGACCUACCGUCACCUCCAGACCUACCGUCACCUCCAGACCCAUCUAGACCUACCGUCACCUCCAGACCUACCGUCACCUCCAGACCUACCGUCACCUCCAGACCCAUCUAGACCUACCGUCACCUCCAGACCUACCGUCACCUCCAGACCCAUCCAGACCUACCGUCACCUCCAGACCUACCGUCACCUCCAGACCCAUCCAGACCUACCGUCACCUCCAGACCUACCGUCACCUCCAGACCUACCGUCACCUCCAGACCUACCGUCACCUCCAGACCCACCGUCACCUCCAGACCCAUCUAGACCCACCGUCACCUCCAGACCUACCCUCACCUCCAGACCUACCGUCACCUCCAGACCCAUCCAGAGCUACCCUCACCUCCAGACCUCCAGACCCAUCUAGACCUACCGUCACCUCCAGACCUACCGUCACCUCCAGACCCAUCCAGACCUACCGUCACCUCCAGACCCAUCUAGACCCACCGUCACCUCCAGACCUACCCUCACCUCCAGACCUACCGUCACCUCCAGACCCAUCCAGAGCUACCCUCACCUCCAGACCUACCGUCACCUCCAGAACUACCCUCACCUCCAGACCUACCGUCACCUCCAGAACUACCCUCACCUCCAGACUAGGGCUGGGUGAUUAAUGGAAUUUUGAUCGCGAUUUCGAUUUUAGCGUCAAACGAUCACAAAAUUAACAUAAUCGAGUUUUUCGUUUAUUUUUAUUUUUUAUUAUUUUUAUUUAACGUUUUAUAGAAAGGGCAGAACAGCUGUAUACAUAUCUGUAUAUUAUUUUAGAUUAGAACAUUUUCUUUUUGACCAUUUUGUGUUUUUUUUAAGGCGAAAUUUCCAAGUUCUGUUACAAA